AUGGAUAACCUCACCACUAUCACAGAAUUCCUCCUUAUGGACAUCUCAAGUUCCCGAGAGCUCCAAGUCUUGCAAGGUCUGCUGUUCUCACUGAUCUAUCUGGGUACCCUGGCUGGAAAUCUGGUGACCAUUGCUGUCAUUGUGACAGACACAUGCCUUCCACCUCCAAUGUACUUUUCUAAAUGCAAUUUAUCCCUCAUAGAUAUUUGCAGCAUCUCAGUUGUUUUUCCCAAAUCAAUUGUGAAUUCCCUGAUGGGUAGUAAGACCAUUUCCCUCACAGGAUGUGCUGCUCAGGUUUACCUGUAUUCCUUCUUAGCAUUUGCUGAGCUUGCUUUCCUUGUUUUCAUGUCCUAUGACCGUUAUGUUGCCAUUUGCCACCCUCUUCACUACAGGUUGUCCAUCACCACCUGUGUGUGCUCACAGGCAGCAGGGGGUUCGUGGGGCAGUGGGCUCGUCUACUCUGCCACCCACACAGGUAACCUAUUCAGGCUUCCCUUCACCAAGUCCAAUGUGAUCAACCAAUAUUUCUGUGAUGUACCACAGAUAAUGAGAAUAUCAUCUUUAGAUGUUCAGUAUUCUCAAUCAGUGAUGUUUGUAAUAAGUGCUUGUAUUGUCUUAGUAUGCCUUUCUUUUUUGGUUAUAUCAUAUGUCAAUAUAUUCUCAGCAGCAUUUAAGAUCCGUUCAGUGGAAGCCCGCAAAAAAGCCUUAUCCACAUGUACUCCUCAGUUGGUAAUUCUUCUUUUGUUUUCAUUUUCUGGAUUGAUUGCUGUCUUAGGUCCCAUUGCAAAUAAAGCAUCUCUUGAAAAUCUGCUGACAGCCGUGUUCUACACCAUGGUGCCCCCUUUCUUAAACCCCAUCAUCUACAGUCUGCGGAACAGGCAGGUAAACACUGCUCUACGCAAGAUGUACAAGAGCUAUUUUGAGAAAACACACAAUAAUUCUCUCCAAUAA